CGGAGCGGCCGCGGUGGUAGAGGGCGAGCGCGGGGCGCGGAGCCCGCCCGGCGCGGGGCGCGGAGCAGCGCGGAGCCGCCGCCAUGGGCAACGCGGGCAGCGUGGACGCGCAGCAGACGGAGCUGAGGGCGCACAGCGUCCCCCUGAAGCUGCCCAUGCCCGAGCCCGGAGAGCUGGAGGAGCGCUUCGCCGUGGUGCUGAACGCCAUGAACCUGCCCCCCGACAAGGCCCGGCUCCUGCGGCAGUACGACAACGAGAAGAAGUGGGAGCUCAUCUGUGACCAGGAAAGAUUCCAAGUGAAGAAUCCUCCCCACACUUACAUCCAGAAGCUGAAGGGAUAUCUGGACCCAGCAGUGACCAGGAAGAAAUUCAGGAGACGAGUCCAGGAGUCGACUCAGGUGCUCCGAGAACUGGAAAUUUCCUUGAGGACAAACCACAUUGGGUGGGUCAGGGAGUUCCUGAACGAGGAGAACAAAGGCCUGGAUGUCCUGGUGGAAUACCUGUCCUUUGCCCAGUAUGCAGUCACGUUUGACUUCGAAAGCCUGGAGAACAGCGUGGAGAGCUCCAUGGACAAGUCCAAGCCUUGGAGCCGCUCCAUCGAGGACCUGCACAGGGGCAGCAAUCUGCCCUCUCCCGUGGGGAACAGCAUCUCCCGCUCCGGCCGGCACUCCACGCUGCGGUACAACACCCUGCCCAGCCGCAGGACCCUGAAGAACUCACGGUUAGUGAGCAAGAAGGACGAUGUGCACGUGUGCAUCAUGUGCCUGCGGGCCAUCAUGAACUACCAGUACGGAUUCAACAUGGUCAUGUCCCAUCCUCAUGCCGUCAAUGAGAUUGCACUGAGCCUGAACAACAAGAACCCCAGGACAAAAGCCCUGGUCCUGGAGCUCCUGGCAGCCGUUUGCCUGGUCCGAGGGGGCCACGAGAUCAUUUUGUCUGCGUUUGACAACUUCAAGGAGGUGUGUGGGGAGAAGCAGCGCUUCGAGAAGCUCAUGGAGCAUUUCCGGAACGAGGACAACAACAUUGACUUCAUGGUGGCCUGCAUGCAGUUCAUCAACAUCGUGGUGCACUCCGUGGAGGACAUGAACUUCCGAGUGCACCUCCAGUACGAGUUCACCAAGCUGGGCCUGGACGAGUACCUGGAUAAGCUGAAGCACACGGAGAGUGACAAGCUGCAGGUGCAGAUCCAGGCCUACCUGGACAACGUGUUCGACGUGGGGGCUCUGCUGGAGGACGCGGAGACCAAGAACGCAGCCCUGGAAAGGGUGGAAGAACUGGAAGAAAACCUUUCCCACUUAUCUGAAAAACUCCAGGACACGGAGAACGAAGCCAUGGCCAAGAUUGUGGAACUGGAAAAGCAACUGAUGCAAAGGAACAAAGAACUGGACGUGAUCAGGGAGAUCUACAAGGAUGCCAACAGCCAGGUUCACACCCUGAGGAAGAUGGUGAAGGAGAAGGAGGAAGCCAUCCAGCGCCAAUCCACGCUGGAGAAGAAGAUCCACGAGCUGGAGAAGCAGGGAACCAUCAAGAUCCAGAAGAAAGGGGAUGGGGACAUCUCCAUCCUUCCCGUGGCCCUGGCGUCGGGGAUGGUGCCAGCAGGAGCGGAGGCGGUGCCAGGGAGCUGUGCCACACCUGGAGCUGCCUCCUCAGUGCCACUGCCCCCACCUCCACCCCCCCUGCCUGCCCUGCCGGGCUCACCUGAGGCAGUGCCCAACGGCCCCGUGGCAGUGCCUGUGCCACCUCCACCACCUCCACCACCUCCUCCUCCUCCUCCUCCUCCUCCUCCUCUCCCGGACGCGGCUCCAGCUCCGCUGCCGCCUCCGCCGCCGCCCUCGGCUCCCCCCCUGCCCGGCACCUCGCCCACCGUGGUCUUCAACUCUGGCCUGGCAGAUGGGCCCAUCAAGCUCUUCUCUGUGAAGAUCAAGAAGCCCAUCAAGACCAAGUUCCGCAUGCCCGUGUUCAACUGGGUGGCCCUGAAGCCCAACCAGAUCAACGGCACCGUCUUCAACGAGAUCGACGACGAGCGCAUCCUCGAGGAUCUAAACGUGGAUGAAUUUGAGGAGAUAUUCAAAACGAAAGCCCAGGGCCCAGCCAUGGAUCUGACCUCCAGCAAGCAGAAGAUCCCUCAGAAAGGAUCCAACAAGGUGACGCUGCUGGAUGCCAACAGAGCCAAGAACUUGGCCAUCACCCUGCGGAAAGCCGGGAAGACGGCGGACGAGAUCUGCAAAGCCAUCCACGUGUUUGACCUGAAGACGCUGCCGGUGGAUUUCGUGGAGUGCCUGAUGCGGUUCCUGCCCACGGAGAACGAGGUGAAGGUGCUGAGGCUGUACGAGAGGGAGAGGAAGCCCCUGGAGAACCUGUCGGACGAGGACAGGUUCAUGAUGCAGUUCAGCAAGAUCGAGAGGCUGAUGCAGAAGAUGACCAUCAUGGCCUUCAUCGGCAACUUCGCUGAGAGCAUCCAGAUGCUCACCCCGCAACUCCACGCCAUCAUCGCUGCCUCUGUCUCCAUAAAGUCAUCCCAAAAACUUAAGAAAAUCCUGGAGAUCAUCCUGGCCCUUGGGAAUUACAUGAACAGCAGCAAACGAGGGGCUGUGUAUGGAUUUAAGCUGCAGAGUUUAGACCUGCUCCUGGAGACCAAGUCGACGGACCGCAAGCAGACGCUGCUGCACUACAUCUCCAACGUGGUGAAGGAGAAGUACCAGCACGUGGCCCUGUUCUACAACGAGCUGCACUACGUGGAGAAGGCAGCAGCAGUGUCCCUGGAGAACGUCCUGCUGGACGUGAAGGAGCUGCAGCGGGGCCUGGAGCUGACCAAGCGCGAGUACACCAUGCACGACCACAACACCAUGCUCAAGGACUUCAUCCAGAGCAACGAGGGCAAGCUCAAGAAGCUCCAGGAUGAUGCCAAAAUAGCCCAGGAUGCCUUUGAUGAUGCUGUGAAGUAUUUCGGGGAGAAUCCCAAAACAACGCCACCCUCGGUCUUCUUCCCGGUGUUUGUCCGCUUUGUAAAGGCCUACAAGCAAGCAGAGGAAGAAAACGAGCUGAGGAAAAAGCAGGAGCAGGCCUUAAUGGAAAAACUCAUGGAGCAAGAAGCGUUGCUGGAGCAGCAGGACCAAAAGUCCCCGUCCCACAAGAGCAAGCGGCAGCAGCAGGAGCUGAUCGCGGAGCUGCGGCGCCGGCAGGUCAAGGACAACCGGCACGUGUACGAGGGCAAGGACGGCGCCAUCGAGGACAUCAUCACAGUGCUGAAGACGGUGCCCUUCACCGCCCGGAGCGCCAAGCGCGGCUCUCGGUUCUUCUGCGACCCCGUUGUCCCCGAGGAAUUCCAUUACUAAACUCUCCCUCUUUCACACCUGACGCUCUUAGAAACCAGGAAGAUCUCCGGAACCAGCCGUACCGCCGGGCCGACGCGCUGAGGAGGAGCGUGCGCCGCCGCUUCGACGAGCACGGGCUGCGCUCCAACGGCGCCGAGUUGGCCAUGUGAGUCCUCCGGGCUGGUGGCCACCACGUCCCACCUUCUCCAGGGAACACGGAGCCUCCACGCCCCGCGCCGCGCUCGCCACGCCAAGUGCCUGGAACGGGAGCUCCCGCUCCGCUGGAUCCCAGCGACGGCGUCGGGGUCGGUUGGGGUUUCUCUGGACGCCGAGGCUGUGCAGGGUUUGUAACCAAAAUGUAAAAUAGGGGUUGGGUUGGGGGGUUGGGUUGGUGAGAGAGAGGGCUCCAGUGGGCCUGACCGGUUGGAAACUGGGAAUACUGGGAAAACUGGGAUGUGCUUGGCUUUUAACGCUGGGCCAAGGGGCAGGCUCGGCCUUCGGCUGCACUUAACGGCUCUUUUGAAAUUAAAUCUGCAAAUGAAGACAUUGGAGGGCUUUCCGUACCUGGAAUUAAUCCCAAGGAAGAAGCCAGGCCUUUCCCAGCCGUGCUGCUCCAAAUGGAGCUGGGGAUGGAACAGGAGGAUCCCCCAGCCCAGCACGGGGCUUUGGGAUGUUCCGGGGCUUGGCAGCGUUGGGAUAACGGCGUGUUUAUUAAUUAGCACUAAGCAAUUAACACCCAGUAACCAGUGUUAGGCUCUGAGGACCACUGCAGUCCAGUUCCUGGCAGGGGGAUUCCAAUUCCAACCCUGCUCCGGCUCCAAGGGAAGCCCAGCCUGAAAUUCCCAGCAGGGUUGGUGUUCUCCAUGGAGUUUUCCAUGCCCAAAAAGUGCCAGGAGGCUGAUUUGGGACCACGGUGCCCUCCCUGUGCCCCGGAGCAGAGGAUGGAUCCCACUCCCUGCCAGCAGCAUCCAGGAGUUGGGAAGAGCCGGACUGAGGAGAAUUUUGUCCUUCCCAAAUCCCAUUUUGCUUCCAGCUUCCCUGCCUGGGCUCAUCCAUCUGUUCAUUGUAAAAUUUCUUGUAUAGUAUUUAACCACUGAAUUUCUUUGCCCUUUUCCAUUGUGCUCCUGUGAACCACUGGUGAAGGUCCCUGUUUUUUUUUGUUUUUCCCCUUGGAUAAUGUGUAGUUAUAUGAUAAUCUGUUUUUAAAUGUACAGAUAUUUUGCUACAAAAUUGGUGCAGUUUUUUAUGGUUUUUACACUUCCCCCCCCCCCACCACUUUAGCCUCUGGGUAAUAUUGUAAAUAUUGUUUAAAAUGAAAUAAAUGCAUCAAGCCUGUGCUAUACAAUCUGAAUGUUAUUUUAACUUAUAGUUUUUGUUUUUAUAUUUAACUAAAAGGACAGUUUCGGACUCAGAGUUACCACAUUGACCAAUUUCCAGGAAUUUUUCCUUGAAAAACUGCCAAGUUUUGCAUUUACAGCACUGUGUACUUGACCUGCUAAAGAGAACAUGCCACUGUUGGAAUGAGUGUUUGGAUCAAAGAAAAUUGGGUAAUUUGAAUUUCAAAUUUCAGCACUUGUUGGGGUAUAAGCACUAAAUCUCAUUUUCUUCAGCUCAAAGGUAUUUUUAUAAUAAAAGCUGAGAAUGAAAGCCAAGCUGGCAUGUUCUCUUUAAUAUUUUUCUAGUCAUAGAUCUGCUUCUUAGCAAGAUUAGGAGUGUUUCUAAAGCAGUUCAUGUUCCUUUCCUGGUCUGUUCCUGCCAUAAAAUCAAAUAAACUAUUUACACUACUAA